ACGAUAUAAUUGUUUUGAUAACCCGGACUUACACAUAACAUACAAAUAUAAUUAAUUAAUAAGUAAAAAUAUUUUUAAUAAUUUAGAAUUGUAAAAAAAUGGUGCCUAGAGAUAUUUUCCCAAAGUUAAAAGCUAACAUAAAAUUAGGAAUUCGUGAAGAUGGCGAUGGAAAGGAAGUUGAAGUCGAAGUACGUGAAAAUGAGGAACAGUCCAUAAAGUUUCAAGAAAUAAUCGAUUUAUUAGUUGCUGCUGGAUACUUUAGAGCCCGUAUUAAGGGGUUAUCACCAUUUGAUAAGGUUGUUGGUGGAAUGACCUGGUGUAUUGAAAGUUGUAAUAUUGAUGUUGAUGUUGAUUUUUUAUUUCAAGAAAAUGCUACAAUUGGUCAAAAAAUAGCGUUAACAGAGAAAAUUGUUGCAGUUUUACCAAAAAUGAAAUGUCCUUAUGGAAUCGAACCACAUCAAAUACAGGGUUUAGAUUUUAUACAUAUAUUCCCAGUUAUACAAUGGCUUGUAAAAACUUCAUUGGAAUUUCGUCAAGAAACCUUUGAGUUCGUUCGUAAAAAUGCAAUCAAUCAAUUCAAUAAAAGUUUUACAUUAGAAGAAGAAAUAAAUGAUCAAAUUAGUGAAAAUAAAAUGUAUGAUAAUUUAAAGAAAGUUAAAUUAACAUAUCGACCAAAACGACAAUAUCGAUUAAAACAUUUACCACCAAAAGAAGAAAUUGAUCGAGUACAGGUCACAUUGUUAGAAUAUGGUUUUAAAGGUGCAAUUACGAAAGUAACAGAUUCUAAAAGUGAUUCACAAGAUCCUACUGUCACAGCUGUAUCAUCAAAUACUCAACCAAAUGAGAAGCAUGUUGACAACUUGUUGCAAACAUUGAGUUCGUUAGAUAGCAAGGAAGAUUACGAUCCAAUUCUUACGAGCGAAGAAAAAGCCGAAUUACAAAAACAUUAUGUUUUAUUACAAGCAGAAAUAUCGGAUGGUGGAGUAAGAACUCGAGAAGAACGUCAAUUAGCUAAAAUAAAAGCACAACAUCAGAUAUUUGAAGAUCGUAUAGAAAAACUAAAGAUGAAAAAACAAGAAUUAGAGACAAGUAUUGCUGAAGGUACUGAAUCCUUACAAGAAAUAAAGAAUAUGAAAAAUGAAGCAAUCUCUCGAUUAAAACAAAUUGAAGAAUCCAGUAAAGAAAAUGGAAGUGAUAUUGGAAAAUUAGAAGAAUUAAUUUUAAUAAAUGAAAAUUUACGUGAACAAGAGAACCAAUUUAAAGAACAAUGCCGCAAUGAACUUGAUAGAUUACAAAAAAUGAUACAGGAUACCAAAAACAAUGUUGAAAAGAAACCUGUAUCAACUGAAUUACAACAACAAUUAGAUGACAUUAAACAAAAGGUACAAAAUCAAAGAUUGACCUUAGCAAAAAGAAAUCGAGUUAUUGCCGCAUAUCAGAGACAGUUAGAUGACAUUCCAAGCCGAGCUGAAUUAGCACAAUAUCAACGCAGAUUUUUAGAACUUUAUAACCAAGUGGCAUCUAAGCAUAAAGAAACAAAGCAAUAUUUUACUUUAUAUAAUACAUUAAAUGAUACAAAAAUGUAUAUAAGCAAAGAAUUAUCGUUAUUAAAUUCGAUUUUUGAUAAUUAUCCAGAAGCUAUGUGCACAAAUACUGGUAAAGAAGAAUUUUUGAACGAAUUGAAUCGUAUUGUAGAAAGUGUCAAACAAACUAAAGCUAAAGUUGAAACAAGAUGUGCAGAAGAACAAAAUAGUCGUGAUAAUCUAAGCAAUCAACUCCAAGGAUUAAUAGCUGAACAAAGAAAAUAUGUGGCGCUAGUUCGACAAUUGAGUAUUGAAUGUAGACGAAACGAAGCUUUAAUUGAAGAAUUAAAACAUUCCUGAAAAUGAAUGAAAUUAUUAAGACGGUGCUGUAUGUUGUUAAUAGUAAUACAAACGAUGAUAC